CGAGGAGGAGAAGGAGGUGGGUGAAGACGGCGCGUUCUCAUUCGAGACGGACGUUUGCACUUCUCACCUCAAAGGCAAUCUCGACCUAUACCCGUAGCGCUUGCAUAUAGCAACACACACCCUUCGCUUUGGUCUUCAGAGUCUCCGGUCGUGAGUCUAGGCGGAGUCUGUCCUCCAAGUGUGGAGAGAUCAGCGCAAAAGGUCACGCGUAGAAGAGGCCAAAGGUCAGAAGCCACCAGGCAGGCAGGCAGUCCAUAUGGCCACUGGAACCGUUGUCAAGGUUGCCGGCGUUUCGUCUCUGGUGACGGAAGAUGUUCUCAAACCCCUAUUCGAGUUUCUCGGGCAGGUGAAUGAAGUCAAACUCUAUCCAAGUCCAAGCAACGAUGGCCUGCAAGAGUGCCAGGUGGCAUUUGAGGACCCAACCGCCGCCCAAUCCGCCCUGCAUCUGACAGGGACAGAUCUAGGCGACCGUACACUAUUCGUCACAAUCACAGGCAAAGCAACGCCCAGCUUGGGAGCCACGAUCACUGCAUCCCCCGCAAUACGAACACCCACCGUCGCCGAAGCCCUGCUGGCCCGUAACCCCAACAUCAAUGCAUCCAUCCUCCAGUUCGAUCCCGUAAAAGCGGAGGAGAUCGCCAGGACGGUGUACAUUGGCAAUCUGAGCAUAACAACCACCGAAGAAGAGCUGAGAGCACUCUUUGCGCCAUGCGGGGAGAUCGCACACGUGAAGAUGGCUGGGGAUUCUUCCGGACAACUCACCAGAUUUGCAUUUAUGGAAUUCGCAACCCAGGAAGCGGCUGCGAAAGCACUCCCGCUCAACGGCGCGGGGCUGGGCGACAGGCUCAUCAAAGUCAAUUAUUCGAAAAACGCAAUUAAUAAAGCGCCGAAGAAACCGGAUGUGAUGCUGGAUCCUGCUAUGCGACGCGUGGCAGAGGCUCAGGCGGCGAUUGCGAAGAAGUAUGGGAAUGAGGAUGAAGGGGCCAGUGCGACUACGCCGGUGCCGUCAGAGGUGGCGCCGGUUUCGAGGAGACGUCGGUCGAGAUCUAGGAGUGUGGAUACGAGAUGGCGACGGGACAGAGACCUUUCGAGAGAUCGACGAAGACGACGUCGUUCACGUUCCCGAUCCCGAUCCUACGACCGUCGCCGCCACUCCCGCUCACGCUCCAGAUCGCGAGACCGCGGAUCCUACCGCCGACGUCGGUCCCGAUCAAGAUCGCGAGAACGAUACAGACGCGACGACGAGAGACGGUAUCGCAACCGCAGCAGGGAGAGAGACCGUGAGAGGGAUCGAGACAGGGACAGAGACCGGGACAUCGAUAGGGACAGGUCAAGGGAUGUCGAUAAAGUCCGUGAGAAGGAUGACCGAACGAAAGUGAAAUCGAGACGAGAGGACCGGGCUAGGUCACGGACAGCAACACCUGAGCAUCACAGUCAUGACGAGGGCGAGCAAUCCGAUCAACGCAGCGACGCCCGUGAACUGCUGACCAACCGACGCAAACGGGAUGCGGUAGAUACGGCUCGGCAACUCACGCGUAAUGAAGGCCCGAACGACGCGCGGGAUGAGAAGCACACAUCAAUCAAAGCAGAGGGUUCCAAAGGGGAUGAGAAACAUGGUACUACCCACUCUGGAGAAGAGGAAGACGAGGAGGAAGAUUACGCGCAUAAGCGGAAACGCGUCCGGUCCUCGGACUUGAUCGUGUCGACGGAACCGUAGGAGGGGGGGGUGUAAGAUGGAGAGGGUAUAGCCCGGAUCGGUUUGUUGGGGAGGGGAUGAAUGUAGAUAUAUCAGAGCCAGAAAUGCGUUCGUUUGAAUAUGUAAUCGUGUAGCUAUGUAGAUUUCUGUUCGUGGUAUGUGGCAUUGUGAUGAAUUGGGAAGGCAUCGAGUGUGUGAGACUUUACGCCGUGUCCCAUUCUCCAUAACGUAAGCCUAAAACGCGAACGACAGUUGACCGCCGUUCCGUUGUGUCGGGACCAUGUCUACUAGACAUCUACUCCUAGACAUCAGACUAUGAGCAGAGACAGCCGG